GAUCUUAUAAGAGUGAAAGGAAUUGACGUGAGAGGUAGUUUGAAAGAAAUUUUAAAUUCAUUUCGAAUUAGAAACUGAAACCCAGGUUUGUGAUUCAUUAAUCAAAUCUUAUUCAGUGAGAAUGAGAAAGCACGCGUCAGUGAGUCAAGCUUAAAAAUAAAAAAAGAGAUUUAAUUAUAUAUAAUGUUGUGUUUAUAUUAUCACACCUCUAGUACAAGUCAUUCCAUUGUUGCGUCGAGUUUAUAGAUUCUGCGUUUAUUCUCCAUUCAGUUUAAAGAUUUUGUUUUACCUCAUUUAUUUUUGCAAGGGAAUUUCCCAUGCAAUAAGGUUUGGUUACUAGUACAGAUUUGUUGUACUAAUUAAUUGUUAAGUGUUUGCAUACACAUAUAUAUUUCAGUAUAUAUAUAUAUAAGUUCAACAUAUACAUAAUUAUAUAAAUAUUGGCGCAAGGCAUCACAAGCAGACUCAAUACAAAGUUGAAAAUAUUUUCAGUAAAGUGCGUGCUUGAAAAUGGGGCUUUUUCUGAAAGCUUUAGCAUGCCUAUUAAUCACAUCAGAAUUGUGGUUGCCUUCAAAUGGUCAAUUGUCAACAGGAUCGCGCCCCCUCUUUGGACCGCCUGUAUUUCCUUCAUCAACUCCAGCAAAAACAAACAAAAAUCGAAAUGCUUUAUUAGAAAAUCAAAUACGCAGUUUAAAGGGAGCAGAAACAUUUGCGUUGAAGUUCUUUGCACAGCUGUCCAAUGAGCAUUUAAAAGUGCCGAAUAGCAAUUAUAUGAUUUCUCCCUUUGCUGUGUGGUCGUUACUACUUUUGUUAACCGAAGGCGCGGUAGGCAAUACACUUAAGGAACUACGCGACACUCUACAUAUUGAUCAUGAUCAGCAAGUUAUACGUGCGGCGUAUCGCCAGAUUGCUAGUUAUUUAACUGUAAAUACCACGACAAUAGAAGUGGCAUCAUUUAACGCAUUAUUCACAGACGUUAAUAAACCAGUUAAUCGUGAUUAUGAAAUUGUUGUUGAACGUGUCUAUGGUUCAGCAUUAAUACCAGUAGAUUAUCAAGAUGUUAACAAUACCUUCACCAAAAUCAACGAUGACAUUAGUAAAGCUACGAGAGGCUUACUUCCUUAUACUGUAACUCCACAAGAUUUUAAGGAAGCAAAUCUAUUGCUGAUCUCGUCCCUUUAUUUUAAAGGGCAGUGGCGUUAUCCUUUUAAUUCUGCUGAUACUCGUCCCGCAACAUUUUACGAUGAAUUUGGUAAUUCAUUAGGUUUUGUACAAAUGAUGACGCAAAACGGAACGUUCGUAUAUGCAGGCAUCCAAGAUUUGGAAGCUCACGUUUUGGAAUUACCAUAUGGCACACAAAAUAGAUUGUCCAUGUUGGUAAUUUUGCCCAAAAAAGGCGUUACUGUAAAUAAAGUUGCGAACAAUCUACGUGAUGUAGGACUAGUCGGAAUAUUCCGGCAAUUACUUUCUGCGGCUGAGGACUUCGAAGGUGAAUCUGUGGAAGUGUUUUUACCUAAAUUUACAACACAGUCACAUUUUUCCUUAAGAACUAUUUUGACAAACAUGGGUAUUGCCGACGUUUUUGAACCCGCAUUCGCCGAUUUGAGUAAACUUUCUAAAAAUGUUUUUGUUUCCAGUAUAUUUCACGCAACUCGCAUUAUUGUAAAUGAAGAAGGAACCGAGGCAGCAGCCAUAACGACAGCAGUUCUCGCGAACAAAUCUAUACCUCCUAAAUUCUAUGUAGAUCGACCAUUUCUUUAUUUAAUUGUAGAGAAGAAGGCGAAUCUUUUGCUAUUUGCGGGUGAGGUGAAAUCUAACGUUUAAAUCUUUUACAGGUAGUAGAAUAAAUGUGUCAUACAUGAGGUUGCGAAAGUUUAUUCAAAGCAAGUAAGAAAAUUAUAUUCGGCGAGGGCCGAAUAUCGCAUAUCCACCACUAGGUUUUUCGCAUUCUAUUCUCCAAAUUCUUUUAUUUGAUACCCAUAUCGCAAGUAUUAUUAAGAAAAAAGUGAUCGGGCUGUCUAACUUAUUGAUUUUAAAAGUAACCCCGUUUUAGGCAGAUAAUAUAUCUUCAUUUAAGGAGAGUACAAAAUGGUUGUAAACAUUUGGUGUUGUUUGCGUUAUGAUAAGUAAGCAUAAAAACUCAAAAAAGUGAAAAAACAGAAUUUAAACAAUUAUAACUUUUUGUGGGAGUGGCGAAUGUUUUCCAUUUUCACACAUAACGAAUGGAGUGUUUCGUAAAGCAAAAAUCCAAAAAUUUUUGUUAAAAAAAAAGGAGCUGCGUUCAGUUUUUGCUCCACUGCCCGCUUCUGCUACGACCGACCUGGUCAUUUUUCAAUACCCACAUGUGUGCAGAAACUUCCAAUGUUUCUACAAAAUUUGAAGCUGAUAUCUUCCUUUUCCGACCAAGAGAGUGUCAACAACACACACCACACAAGCGCACAGGCGGACGGGUAUAACUAAAUCACCUCAGAAUUUCACACUGAUUAAGAAUAUGUAUACUUUAUAGGGUCUCUGAAGCGUCUUUUUGGGUGCUACAUACAUU